AUGCGUCUGCUGAGUGUCUGCAUGUUCUUCUGCUUGUUAGCAGUGAUUUCCUCUCAGUUAAUUUUGACCAAUGUAGAUAAUGAUGAUAGCACAACCAUACUUGACAGAGUACCACUGUUGCGUGUCAAACGACAAUUUGGUCCAUGGGGAGGCCCAUGGGGUGGACCAUGGGGCGGUCCAUGGGGAUGGCGCCGUCCAUGGUGGCGUCGACCAUGGGGAUGGGGAGGUCCAUGGGGAUAUGGACCUUACUGGGGACGUUGA